AUGGGCUCAAUAACUCCAUCAGUCUCCGAGUACGAUGUGGCCGUCUCCCGAGACGAAGGGUUGGCUCAACUCUUCUAUCAACGGAUGGUCGAGGAUCCCUCCGCCGUGGCAAUUGUCGAUGAACAGGGCGAGAGCCUGACAUACGAAGCACUACAUGAGAGAGCCAUUGAGCUGGCGCAGGCUCUAACCCGGGAAGCGUUCGAUGUGGAGGAACGAGUCGGCAUUGUCGUUCAGCAUGGGCUCUGGGACGCCGUCACACAGGUGGCCAUCAUCUACGCGGGAGGGACGUGUGUCCCUCUCGAUCCUCUCUUGCCCGACCAGCAGAUUAUCAACCGACUGAAACGAUUAGGCACCCGGUAUGUCCUCGUGGACGAGGCCAACAGCAAGCGGAAUCUCCCCUUUGCCUUACUGCCUGUUGAGCUGCGACCUGAACUCCGCAAGCCAUUCUCUACCCUGGCGGCGCAGUUUCCCCUCCCGACGACCAUGGCCCACUGUACACACCUGAUCCACACAUCCGGCACAACCAGCGAGCCCAAAGCCGUACAGAUCGCCGCUCGCUCCAUCGUCCAUGUGGCGCAUCACGCACCCUACGAACCCGUCCACAAAUCCGACGUGGUGGGCCACGGCAACAACACCAGCUUCGACGUGGCCCUGUUCGACAUCUGGGCCGCCCUCGUCCGUGGGGCUACUAUCGGGGUGCUCAGCAAGUCCACUCUUCUGGAUGUUCCCGCCAUGGCCGCCGCUAUCUGCCAGCUGGGCAUCACCAUCAUGGCUAUUACUGCGCCCUUGGUCAACCUGGCGGCAGCAACGUGUCCCACAACAUUCCAACCGCUCCGGGUAGUCCUCAUGGGCGGCGAGACGGUUAAUCUCCGCGCAAUGGAGGCGAUUCUGGCCGCUGGGCCACCGGAACAUCUCAUGAACGCCUACGGGCCCACGGAAUGCUGCGUCUACUGUCUCACCCACGAGAUCACAAUGGAUGAUGUGGAGGCAGGUAAAGUUGGCAUUGGCAAGCCCAUCGGCCGCAAUGUCUGUUGCGUGUGUGACGAUGAGGGUCGUCCUGUCCCCGAGGGCGAAGAGGGCGAGUUGCUGGUGGGCGGGCCGGGCGUGUCGCCGGGAUAUGUUGACCAGCCUGACAAGAACGCGAAGCCCUUCAUCUAUGUUGCUGGACUGGUCGAUCCCGGGUGUAGUGGGCCAUACCGGAUGUAUCGCACUGGGGAUAUGGUGCGGCUUCGUCGUGACGGACAUCAUGACUUCCUGGGUCGUCGGGAUCAUCAGGUCAAGGUUCGAGGUUACCGGGUCGAGCUGGCGGCGGUUGAUGCCGCACUGAUGAAGACGGGCCACUUCUCCGAGGGGCUUUCUAUGCCAAUAGACGCGACGGAGGACGGGGCGGGUUCGACGCUCGUGGCCUUUGUUGUCCUUCAGGCUAACGCCACUCACGAUGCCGUGGCGGACGCGAUGAAGACGCUUCGUGCGACAUUGCCAGACUACAUGGUGCCGCAUAUUGAGGUCAUCUCGGAAAUGCCACUGAAUGCGCACGCAAAAGUGGACCGCAGGAAGCUGGCAGAGAUGUAUCACCAGCGCCGGAAGAAGCAUAUCUGCGCUCUUCAUGGGAAGACCAGGGGUAUGAGUACGCGUGAGCACCUGGCCCAUCUCUGGGCCACCAUCCUGGCCACCCCCGUUCUUGAAUAUGCAGAUGAAGACGACUUUUUCGCCCUCGGCGGCACCUCCCUUCAGGCCUCAUUACUAAUCAGUCGCAUCCGGCAGCAGUUUCGCACGGGAAUCUCUCUUCUCACGCUGUAUGACCACUCUACGCUGGGCUUGCUUGCCUCCGUCAUCGACCGCCACAGGGGAUCAACCAUGGCGACAGUGCGCAAUGAGCGCUCCCUGUGGCUUGCAGACACCAAGCUGGCGGAUAGCCUUCAGCUCCCGCUCGGGCCGGUCAUUGACUGGCGCCGGGAUACCGAAGGCCGUGUUUUCCUGACGGGCGCCACCGGGUUCGUCGGAGCGUUCAUGCUGGCGGAUCUGCUGAAGAUGCCCGACGUGCAUCAGGUAGGCUGCCUGGUGCGCGCCAUUGAUAUUGCCACUGGCCUACAGCGCCUGCAAGCCGCCUUACGCAAAUACGACCUCUGGCACGAUACGUUUCUGCUCAAGCUUCUCCCUCUCUGCGGCUCGCUAGAGGACCACUGGCUUGGCCUCGGCGAGCAACGCUUCGGUGAGAUCGCCAACUGGGCCAGUGUCAUCUUCCACCUCGGCGCGCGCGUCAACUACACCCAGCCCUACUCUCUCCACCGUCCGGCCAACAUUAUCGGCACGCUCAACGUCGCCCGUCUUGCCGUCACCGGCCGCCUCAAGGGUCUCCACUACUGCUCCAGCAUCUCCUGCUACGGCCCCACCGGGUUCGUGACCGGCGCCAAGUUCAUCUACGAAGACGCGCCUCUCCUCCCGCAUCUGGACGCCCUUCCCUACGACCACGGCUACGCCCAGAGCCAAUGGGCCGCCGACCAACUCCUCCAACGCCUCGUGGGCCGCGGAUUCCCCAUCGCCGUGUACCGCCCCGGCUUCGUGACAGGCGACCACCCGACGGGAGCCUGCAACCCGGACGAUUUCUUCAGCCGGUUGAUCCGCGCCAGUCUCGACCUGGGGGCGUACCCGGCCCUCCCCAACCAGCGCAAGGAGUUCGUCCCUGUGGACUACGCAGUCACUGCCAUGCUGCACAUCUCCUCCAGCAUGUCCUCUCUCGGCCACGCUUUCCAUAUCCUGCCCCAGCGAUCAGCGUCAGUCGACAUGGACGGGGUGAUGGAGUUGUUGAGCCAGGCGCGGGGCGCGGUGAUGCAGCGAGUCAGCUACAGCGAGUGGAUUGAGCGGCUCUCGGCGAGUGCGCAUGCAAGUCUCCAGCCGUUACUUCCCAUGCUGGCGGAGAAGGUGCACAAGGGCCUGAGUCGAUGGGAACUGUACGAGAAUAUGCCCACGUACGACGAUACCAACACGAGGCGGGCAUUAGCCACCUAUCCAGGAGGGUUACAGUGUCCGCCUUUUGACUGUGCGUUGAUGGAGAAGUAUGUUGAUUAUCUGUUUAAUUGCUAG